GGGGAGAGCUUGUAGAUCCUCCUCCCAACGUGUUGGAUUAAAGGGAUCGGGGACAGCGGCAGAUACCUGAGGCACUCGGGAGGGAGGCUGCCUCCGGCACCUUCUGACCGGACCAGGGAGAAAGAGGGCUGUCAGUGCCAGAGAGGGGACAAUCAGAGUUGUGGCACUCGUGCCGCUGCUCCCGCAGCUGCUGCUGCCGCCGCUGCCGGACUCAGGGCAGGAGCAGGUCUCCCUCAUCCGCUCUACGAUGUGGCGUCUGCUGCCUCUUUUUUGCUGGGGUCUCUCUCUGGUUUCUGGCUGGACGGCGUUUCAGCAGAUGCCCACGUCGGGAAAUUUCAGCUUUAGCUUCUUCCCACCCUCUUCUUCCUCCUUCUCCUCCUCCUCCUCUUCCUUCCCGCAGGCGGCCUCGCCGCGGCAGCGGCAGGAGCGGGAGCCCCGGCGGUCGCUGGCGGGGGCGCUCCCGCCGCCCCCGCCGCCGCCGCUUCUCUCCGACGCCCAGGAGAACAAAGUGGAGAAGCUGGGCCAGUCCUUCAAGCGCAACGUGAGGAGGCUCCGCGAGCGGAGCCACAGCCUGGACCUGGUGUUCCUGGUGGACGAGUCCUCGAGCGUGGGCCACGCCAACUUCCUCAACGAGCUCAAGUUCGUCAAGAAGCUGCUGUCCGACUUCCCCGUGGUGCCUAGCGCCACCCGCGUGGCCAUCGUCACCUUCUCGUCCAAGAACAACGUGGUGCCGCGCGUGGACUACAUCUCCUCCAGCCGGGCGCACCAGCACAAGUGCUCGCUGCUCAACCGCGAGAUCCCCAAGAUCGCUUACCGAGGCGGGGGCACCUACACCAAGGGCGCUUUCCAGCAAGCCGCGCAAAUACUACGUCAUUCCCGAGAAAAUUCAACCAAGGUUAUAUUCCUCAUCACUGAUGGUUAUUCCAACGGAGGAGAUCCUCGACCAAUUGCAGCUUCUCUACGGGAUUUUGGAGUGGAGAUCUUUACUUUUGGUAUAUGGCAGGGAAACAUCCGAGAGCUGAAUGACAUGGCUUCCACCCCAAAAGAAGAACACUGCUAUUUGCUUCACAGUUUUGAAGAAUUUGAGGCAUUAGCUCGUCGAGCACUUCAUGAAGAUCUGCCCUCUGGGAAUUAUAUUCAAGAAGAUAUUUCUCAUUGUUCCUAUCUCUGUGAGGCUGGCAAGGAUUGCUGUGACACAAUGGCAAGCUGCAAGUGUGGCAUUCACACUGGACAGUUUGAAUGCAUCUGUGAAAAGGGGUACUUUGGAAAAGGACUGCAGCAUGAAUGCACAGCUUGCCCAUCAGGAACAUAUAAACCUGAAGGCUCACCAGGAGGAAUCAGCACUUGUAUCCCAUGUCCUGAUGAAAACCACACGUCCCCACCUGGAAGCACUUCCCCAGAGGACUGUGUCUGCAAGGAAGGAUAUCAGGCAGCAGGCCACACAUGUGAAGUGGUCCACUGCCCUGCCCUGAAACCUCCUGAAAACGGCUACUUUAUUCAGAACAUCUGUAACAACCACUUUAAUGCAGCCUGUGGAAUCCGUUGUCAUACUGGAUUUGAAUUAGUGGGAAGCAGCAUUCGCCUCUGUCAACCCAGUGGUUUGUGGUCUGGUUCAGAAAGUUUCUGCCGAGUUCGGACAUGUCCUCAACUCCGCAAGCCUGAGAAUGGUGAAAUCAGUUGUACAUCAGGUGAAACAUUAUACAGAACAGUAUGCUCGAUUACCUGUGAUGAGGGCUACAGAUUGGAAGGGAGUCCCAGACUCACUUGUCAAGGAAAUUCUCAGUGGGAUGGAAUAGAACCCCGAUGUGUGGAACGCCAUUGUCCCACUUUUCUGAAGCCCAAAGGUGUGAUCAUUCACCCAUCAAGCUGUGGAAGAGGACUAGCUAAGAUUGGUACUGUGUGUCAAUUAAGUUGUCCCCCAGGUUUCGUCUUAUCUGGAGCCAGGGGAGAUGUAAGAUGCACCAGUUCGGGGAAAUGGAGUGCCAAAAUUCAGACAGCUAUUUGUAAAGAUGUGGAGGUUCCUCAAAUCAUUUGUCCUAAAGACAUUGAAGCCAAGACCCUAGAACAGCAAGACUCUGCUAAUAUCACUUGGGUCGUACCAACAGCAAAAGAUAACUCUGGUGAAGAGGUAUCGAUUCACGUUACUCCAGCUUUUACACCACCUUACCUUUUCCCAAUUGGAGAGGUUGCUAUCACAUAUACAGCAGUUGACCAGUCCAGAAACCAGGCCCGUUGUACUUUCAAUGUCAAGGUUAUUGAUGUAGAACCGCCUGUCAUUGAUAGGUGCCGAUCCCCACCUCCAAUCCAGGGCCCCAGGAAAGAAUAUGCAGCAACCUGGGAUGAGCCUCAAUUCUCAGACAACUCAGGAACUUUACUGAGCAUCACUAGAACUCAUUCUCCAGGAGAUCUCUUUCCCCAAGGAAGGACCACAGUACAAUAUACAGCCACUGAUCCCUCUGGCAACAACAGGACAUGUGAGAUUUAUGUUGUCAUCAAAGGUUCUCCCUGUGAGGUUCCAUUCACUCCUGUCAAUGGAAAUUUCAUAUGUACCAAUGACAGUGUUGGUAUUAAUUGCACACUAAGUUGCCUAGAAGGCUAUGAUUUUACAGAAGGAUCUGCUGAAAAAUAUUACUGUGCCUAUGAAGAUGGAAUAUGGAGACCCCCAUAUUCUACUGAAUGGCCAGACUGUGCUGUAAAUCGCUUUGCCAAUCAUGGAUUCAAAUCCUUUGAGAUGCUCUACAAAACAACAGGCUGUGAUAACAGUGAUCUCCUGAAAAACUUUUCUAAAGCUUUUGAGACUACUCUUGGUGAAAUGGUGCCAUCAUUUUGUAAUGAUGCUGAUGAUAUUGACUGCAGACUGGAGGACCAGACACAAAAACACUGCUUAGAGUAUAACUAUGACUAUGAAAAUGGCUUUGCAAUUGGACCCGGUGGUUGGGGCGUGGCAAACAAAGUGGAUUAUUCUUAUGAAGAUUUCAUGGAUGUCGUUCAAGAGCAGCCUCAGAAGCCUGUGGUCGGGACUGGUAAAAGUCAGUCUUCUCGGAUCAAAAGGCAUGAAAAACGUAGCACCUCAACAUCUGACCAUAAAAUUAAGUUAAUAUUUAACAUUACAGCAAGUGUACCUUUACCUGAUCAGAGAAAUGAUACUCUGGAAUUGGAAAAUCAGCAACGACUCCUGAAGACACUAGAGACAAUCACUAACCGGCUCAAAAGGACUCUCAAUAAGGAACCCAUGUAUUCUUUUCAGCUUGCAUCUGAAAUGGUUGUAGCUGACAGCAAUUCAUUGGAAACAGAAAAGGCCUUUCUCUUUUGCAGACCAGGCUCAGUCCUACGAGGACGAAUGUGUGUUAAUUGCCCUUUGGGGACCUAUUAUUCUCUGGAGCACACUGUCUGUGAAAGCUGCUGGAUUGGAUCCUAUCAAGACGAGGAGGGACAAGUGGAGUGUAAACUUUGCCCGGCUGGUAGUUCCACUGAAUAUCUCCACUCAAGAAGCAUCUCUGAAUGUAAAGCUCAGUGCAAGCAAGGAACGUACUCACCAAAUGGUCUAGAAACUUGUGAAUCAUGUCCUCUGGGCACCUAUCAGCCAGCAUUUGGUUCCAAGAACUGCCUUUCUUGUCCAGAAAACACUUCAACUGUGAAAAGAGGAGCUGUGGAUAUAUCUGCCUGUGGAGUGCCUUGUCCAAUAGGAGAAUUUUCCCGCUCUGGCAUCAAGCCUUGUUAUCCGUGUCCCAGAGACUAUUAUCAACCCAACCCAGGAAAAUCCUUCUGCCUUUCUUGUCCUUUUUAUGGAACAACAACAAUCACUGGGGCCAGAUCCAUCACGGAUUGUUCGAGUUUUAGUUCAACUUUUUCAGCAGCAGAGGAAAGUAUCAUGCUGUCAGCCUCUCCUGGACAUAUCACCAAGAAGUAUGAAGUCAGCAGCCAGGUUUUCCAUGAGUGUUUUCUAAAUCCAUGUCAUAAUAGUGGAACCUGUGAACAAGUAGGACGGGGAUAUAUUUGUAGCUGCCUGCCUGGGUUUACAGGCUUGAAGUGUGAAAUAGAUGUGAAUGAGUGCAGUUCUUCACCUUGCCUCAACAAUGGAGUAUGCAGAGAUGGUAUUAGCAAGUUCACUUGUCAGUGUCCAGCAGGUUACACAGGUCAGCUCUGCGAGGGAAAUAUAAAUGAGUGUAGAUCCAAUCCAUGUUUAAAUAAGGCCACUUGUGUCGAUGGGAUUGAUGGGUAUCACUGCUCAUGUGUGAGAGGAUUUAAAGGAAUUCACUGUGAAACAGAAAUCAAUGAAUGUCAAUCAAACCCAUGUUUGAACAAUGCGGUUUGUGAAGAUCAAAUAGGGGGAUUCUUGUGCAAAUGCCUUCCUGGUUUUCGGGGUACCUGGUGUGAAAAGAAUAUAGAUGAAUGUCUCAGUAGUCCCUGCAAGAACGGGGGAACCUGCAAGGAUGGCAUCAACAGCUUCAGAUGUCAGUGUGUGGCAGGAUACACAGGGCCACUUUGUGAAGUGAAUAUCAAUGAAUGUGAUUCCAGUCCGUGCAAAAACCAGGCCACCUGUGUGGAUGAGCUGAACACCUACGUCUGUAAAUGUCGGCCAGGCUUCUCAGGCAGAAGGUGUGAAACAGAACAGUCUGCUGGUUUUAACCUGGAUUUUGAAGUUUCUGGGAUCUAUGGUUAUGUCAUGCUCGAUGGCAUACUCCCAUCUCUUAAUGCCAUCACAUGCACAUUCUGGAUGAGAUCUUCUGACAUCACCAACUAUGGAACUCCAAUCUCUUAUGCAGUUGAGAAAGGAAGUGACAAUACCUUCCUUCUCACUGAUUAUAAUGGCUGGGUUCUUUAUGUGAAUGGGAAAGAGAGGAUAACCGACUGCCCUUCAGUCAAUGAUGGCACUUGGCAUCAUAUCUCAGUCACUUGGACAAGUACUGAUGGAUCCUGGAAAGUGUAUAUUGAUGGAAAAUUAUCUGAUGGUGGCACUGGUCUAUCUGUUGGUUCACCUAUCAGUGGAGGUGGUGCACUAGUUCUUGGGCAAGAGCAAGACACAAAGGGAGAAGGCUUCAAUCCAGCUGAGUCAUUUGUGGGUUCUAUAAGCCAGCUCAACAUUUGGGACUAUGUCCUGGCUCCAGAUCAGGUGAAAUCUUUGGCUACCUCUUGUCCAGAAGGACUCAGUAAAGGAAAUGUGUUGGCCUGGCCGGAUUUCCUAUCAGGAGUUGUUGGAAAAGUGAAGAUUGAUUCCAAGAGCAUAUUCUGUUCUGAUUGUCCAUCAUUAGACGGAUACGUACCUCAUCUGCGGACCUUAACAGCAGAGUUAAAACCAGGCUCUAAAGUCAGUCUUUUCUGUGAUGCCGGUUUCCAGAUAGUCGGGGAAGCUGUUCAAUACUGUCUGAAUCAGGGACAAUGGACUCAACCACUGCCGCACUGUGAAAGAAUUGGCUGUGGGGUACCACCACCUUUGGAGAAUGGCUUCUAUUCUGCUGAGGACUUCUAUGCAGGAAGCACAGUCACCUACCAGUGUAACAAUGGCUAUUAUCUACUGGGUGAUUCAAGGAUGUUCUGCACAGACAACGGAAGCUGGAAUGGCAUCUCACCUUCAUGCCUUGAUGUCGAUGAAUGUGCAGUUGGAUCAGAUUGUGAUAAGCACGCUUCCUGCCUUAAUACAAAUGGGUCCUAUAUAUGUACAUGCAUCCCACCCUACACAGGAGAUGGAAAAAAAUGUGCAGAACCUAUAAAAUGUAAGGAACCUGGCAAAACAGACAAUGGUCAUUCUUCUGGUGAUAUUUAUACAGUUGGUGGAGAAGUGACUUUCUCUUGUGAAGAAGGCUAUCAACUAAUAGGAGUAACCACAAUUACAUGUUUGGAGUCAGGAAAAUGGAGUCACCAAAUACCAUUUUGUGAAGCCAUUUCCUGUGGUGGGCCUGUUGUUCCAGAGAACUGUGGUAUUGAGGGAUCAACAUUUACCUAUGGUAAUAAAGUGAUUUACAGGUGUAAUAAAGGAUACAAACUGGUUGGUGAAAAAGAAUCAUUUUGCCUUGCUAAUGGUGCUUGGAGUCAUGCUCCUCCCAUAUGUGAAGUAGUGAAAUGCCCCAGUCCACAAGACAUCAUAAAUGGAAAAUAUGUACUAAAUGGAUUAACUUACCUUUCUACUGCAACCUAUUCAUGUAAUAAUGGAUACAGCUUACAGGGACCUUCAGUUAGAGAAUGCACAGCUACAGGAAAUUGGAAUGCAGCACCCCCUGUGUGUGAGCUUGUCUUCUGCGGAGACCCUCCAGCCAUCAAAGACGCCAUGGCUGAAGGCAAUAAUUUUACAUUUGGAAACACCAUAACUUACAAGUGCAAAGAAGGGUAUACUCUUGUUGGUACUGAAACCAUUGAAUGCCUGGCAAGUGGCAUGUGGAGUGAAAGUGAUCAGCAGUGCCUAGCUGUUUCCUGUGAUGAACCUCCUACUGUGGAACAUGCCUCCCCAGAAACUAGCCACCGCUUAUAUGGAGAUGUUGCUUAUUACUACUGUGCAGAUGGCUAUAGCUUGGCUGGCAACUCCCAGCUGCACUGUGAUGCUCAGGGGCAGUGGGUUCCUCUGGAGGGCCAGGCUGUGCCUCACUGUAUAGCUGAUUUCUGUGAGAAACCCCCAGCUGUCCUAUAUAGUAUCCUGGAGUCUGUAAGCAAAGCCAGAUUUGCAGCUGGAUCCAUUGUGAGCUUUAAAUGCAUGGAGGGCUUUGUCCUGAACACCUCAGCUAAGAUUGAGUGUAUGAGAGGUGGUCACUGGAACCCUUCUCCCAUGUCAAUCCAAUGUAUUCCAGUUCGGUGUGGAGAACCACCAAGUAUCAAGAAUGGCUAUGCAAGUGGAAGCAACUACAGUUUUGGAGCUGUGGUGGCUUAUAGUUGCAACAGGGGAUUCUAUAUCAAAGGAGAGAAGAAAAGUACCUGUGAAGCCACAGGACAGUGGGGUAGUCGCAUACCUACCUGUCACCCAGUGUCUUGUAAUGAACCACCCAAAAUUGAGAAUGGAUUUGUGGAGCACAUAACUGGGAAGGUGUUUGAAAGUGAAGCAAGGUAUCAGUGUAACCCAGGAUACAAGAUGGUGGGAAGUCCUGUAUUUGUCUGCCAAGCCAAUCGCCAGUGGUACUGUGAAUCACCUCCAACCUGCAUUCCCCUCAGCUGUGGGAAACCUCCAUCUCUCCCAAAUGGCUAUAUCAGAGGAGAAAACUUUGAGGUGGGAUCCAAGGUUCAAUUUUUUUGCAACGAAGGUUAUGACCUUAUGGGAGAUGCUUCUUGGACGUGCCAGAAGUCAGGGAAAUGGAACAAAAAGCCAAACCAAAAGUGUAUGCCAGCCAAGUGCCCAGAUCCACCCCUGCUAGAAAAUCAACUUGUAUUAAAGGAAUUGGUUCAUGAAGUUGGCUUGGUGCAGUUUUCUUGUAAAGAGGGUUUUCUCCUCCAAGGACCCUCUAUCCUGAAGUGCUUGGCGUCACAACAGUGGAAUGGCUCUUUUCCUUUUUGUAAGAUGGUGCUUUGCCUCCCACCUCCACUCAUUUCCUUUGGUGUCCCUGAAUCUUCCCCUGCUCUUCAUUUUGGAAGUGUUGUCAAGUACUCCUGUGUAGAUGGGUUUUUCAUGAGGGGACAUUCCACCACCUCUUGCCAAGCUGACGGCACAUGGAGCUCUCCCCUGCCAGAGUGCAUUCCUGUUGAAUGCCCCCAGCCUGAAGAAAUCCCCAAUGGCAUCAUAGAUGUGCAAGGUCUUGCCUACCUUAGUACAGCCUUGUACACAUGUAAACCUGGCUUUGAAUUGAUAGGAAACAUGACCAUCCUUUGUGGAGAAGAUGGGCAUUGGCUCGGAGGAAAACCAACUUGUAAACCCAUCGAAUGUCCAAAGCCCAGGAAAAUUCUAAAUGGCAAACUUUCUUACACAAACCUCCAUUAUGGACAGACCAUCUCAUACUCAUGUGAUAGGGGUUUUAGCCUCAAAGGACCAAAAACUCUGAUGUGUUUAGAGACAGGGGAUUGGGAUGUAGCUGUUCCAUCUUGUAGUGCCAUUUUUUGUGAUCCCCCACAACCUAUUGAAAAUGGCUUUGUGGAAGGAGCAGAUUACAGCUAUGGUGCCAUGAUUAUCUACAGCUGUUUCCCAGGAUUCCAGUUGAUGGGCCAUGCCAUGCAAACCUGUGAUGAGUCAGGGUGGUCUAGCUUUAUACCAACAUGUCUUCCCAUAGAUUGUGGUCUUCCUCCCCAUAUUGAUUUUGGAGACUAUGUGAAAGUUAAAGGACAAGAAGGAUAUUUUGAUCAAGAAGAUGAUGCUAUGGAAGUCCCAUACCAUACUCCUGACCCUCCUCAUUCACUUAGUCCAGUGGACAGUAACCAGAAAAACAAGAAAGGUGCUACAGCUAUACAGACACCAAACUUUUUAUAUGGUACUCUAGUUUUAUAUUCUUGUAACCCUGGACAUGAGCUUUUGGGUAAUCCUAUAUUAAUUUGCCAGGAAGAUGGGACUUGGAAUGGCAGUGCCCCUGCCUGCAUAUCAAUAGAAUGUGACUUGCCUAGGCAGCCAGAGAAUGGCUUUUUGCAUUUUACUGAGAAUACAAUGGGCAGUGUAGUGCACUAUAGCUGUAAUCGAGGCCAUGUGUUGGUGGGCUCUAGCAAAAGACUUUGUCUGUCAAAUCGACAGUGGAGCAAUGCUGCCCCACACUGUGAGGUAAUUUCAUGCAAUAAGCCAAAGCAGCUAAUGAAUGGAUCUAUUCAAGGAGGAAAUUACACGUACCUGGGUGUGUUACAUUAUUCAUGUAACCCUGGGUUUGAGCUAAAUGGCUCCAACAGAAGAACCUGUCAGGAAGAUGGUCAGUGGGAUGGGAAUGAGCCAGUUUGCAUCCCUGUGACUUGUGGUCCACCCCCAGUUUCAGAGAACAGCCAGGUGAGUGGGGAUGAGUACACAUUCCAAAAGGAGAUUAUGUAUACUUGCAAUGAAGGAUUCCUGCUUGAAGGGGCUGGGAGCCGAGUUUGCCUGGCCAAUGGGAGCUGGAGCGGAAUCACUCCCAUCUGUGUGGCUAUUAAGUGUCCUGUGCUGCCACAGAUUGUCAAUGGGGAAGCAAGUGGACUGGAACACAGCUUUGGGAAGGAAAUAGAUUUCCACUGUCACAAAGGCUAUGUCUUGCAUGGUACCACAAAGCUAAUCUGCCAGGUUGAUGGCACCUGGAAUGGAGAGGCACCCCUCUGCAAACCAGUCAACUGUGGCCCCCCUGAAGAUCUCUCCCAUGGCUUCCUAAAUGGCUCCUCCUUUUCUUUCGGAGACCAGGUACAGUAUAUGUGCUUUCCUGGUUAUGAGCUCCACGGCUCUCCUUUGACGCAGUGUCUCUCCAAUGGCUCCUGGAGUGGUAGUCCCCCUUCUUGCCUGCCCUGUGAGUGUCCUGCGCCCCUGAUUCAAAAUGGGCUCGUUGUUGGGGAAGAUUUCAGUUGUGGAAAGGUUGCCCAGUUUCAGUGCCUGGAAGGCUUCAAGCUUCUAGGGCCUUCUGAAAUUACUUGUGAGUCAGCAGGACAGUGGAGUACUGGCUUUCCACUCUGUGGACGCAUUUCUUGUGGUCCCCCACCAACGAUCUUGAAUGCAUUCAUCAAUGGGAGCAGUUCCCUGGAGGAGAAUACAGUAACCUACAGUUGUGUGACUGGCUAUGUCAUGCAGGACAAGUCUGACUUGAUUUGUACACAGAAAGGGACAUGGAGUGAGCCCUAUCCAAGCUGUGAGCUCCUCUCCUGUGGACCACCACCUCCUGUAGCUAAUGCAGUGGCAGCUGUAAAGGCACACACUUAUGGAAGUAAAGUCCAGCACAGGUGUCUGAAAGGUUAUGAGAUGGCAUCAGAUACAGAUACAAUGACUUGUCAGAAAGAUGGGCAUUGGUCACCUGACAGUAUUUCCUGUAUUCCUAAGAAAUGCCCCCUGCCAACAGAAAUGGACAAGAUACUUGUUCUUGGUCAUGAGUUCAGUGUGAAUAAACAAGUUUCUAUAUCAUGCAUAAAAGGAUACACAUUGGGGGGAGCAAACACUUCAAUGUGUCAGCUCGAUGGUACUUGGGAUCCACCAUUCUCUGAUGAUUCUUGCACUCCAGUCUAUUGUGGGAAACCUGAAACUCCAGAGCAUGGGUUUGUGAUUGGCACACAGUACAGCUUCAAAAGCACAAUUAUUUACCAGUGUGAAGCUGGUUAUGAGUUAGAGGGUGACCCUGAACGUUUCUGCCAGGAAAACAAACAGUGGAGUGGAGCAGUAGCUCUCUGCAAAAAAAUCAGUUGUGAAGCUCCAAUCCAGUUGGAGAAUGGGAGGGUUGAAUAUGAAAAUGAUACAAUCGGUCCAAUGGUGAUAUACUCCUGCAAUAAAGGAUAUACCCUGGAAGGAGAGCCUAUUGCAGAAUGCACUGAAAAUGGAAGUUGGAGCCACCCAAUACCUUUCUGUAAACCAAACCCCUGUCCUGUACCUUUUGUGAUCCCUGAGAACUCUCUUCUUUCUGAGAAGGAAUUUUAUGUUGGUCAGAAUGUAUCUAUCAAGUGCCGAGAAGGCUAUCUGCUACAGGGCCAGGCUGUCAUUACCUGUAACCCAGAUGAAACAUGGACACCAACAAGUGCUAAGUGUGAAAAGAUCUCUUGUGGACCUCCAGCUCAUGUUGAAAAUGCAAUUGCUCGUGGUAUACAUUACCAAUAUGGAGACCUGGUAACCUACUCCUGCUAUAGUGGAUAUAUGUUGGAAGGCUCCCUUAGAAGUGUUUGCUUGGGAAAUGGAACCUGGACAUCACCACCUACUUGCAGAGCUGUCUGUAGAUUCCCAUGUCAAAAUGGAGGAGUUUGCCAAAGGCCCAAUGCAUGCACCUGCCUGGAAGGCUGGAUGGGACGCCUCUGCGAAGAACCAAUAUGUAUUCUUCCCUGCCUGAAUGGUGGACGCUGUGUGGCACCAUAUCAGUGUGAAUGCUCAGCUGGGUGGACGGGUUCCCGCUGUCAUACAGCUGUUUGCCAGUCUCCCUGCUUAAAUGGUGGGAAAUGCAUAAGACCAAAUCGAUGCCAUUGUCUCUCAACUUGGACAGGACAUGAUUGCUCAAGGAAAAGAAAAGCUGGGUUUCAUCCCUUCUAAGUGUCCACAGCAAAGCAGCCCCUCUCAAAAAGACCAGAUCAUCUCUCUCAGCCAGUCCUAGGGAUUCUGGAACAUGGACAUUAACAAUCCAACAUGGUGCUGGGUUUUUUUGGAAAGUUAUUUUGUUAUUUUUGUUGUCCUUGUUUUUGUCUCUAUUUUAAUUUUGUGAUAUAUUUUUCUUUGAGUUUUCCAUUAAAAAUCUGCCUGUAUUUUCAUAUGCAAAAAUGUAUAUUAAAUAUAUGCUGCUACACUCACACAAAAUGUACAUAUUCUGCCACCUAUUAGGGAAAUUUCAUUUAUACAUUUUCAUCACUUUUUUAAUUCCUUUAAAUAUAUUUAUCAAAUAUAAGUUUCACUGCCAAGCAGUGUAAUACAGGCUUGCCAUUCCAUGGACUUCUUAAAACCACAGCAUAACCCAGAAGCCAAGCCAUAGCUAUAUAACUGGGUGCAUUAAUGAUAUGUAAGCUAUCCCACAAUUCUCUAGCACAGUUCUUAGCCACCAUACUCCAUGAGGAUGAAUAAAUGAAGAAGAGCUCAUCCCAUCUAUAUAAUGUGGCAUCAUUUUCUUGGAAAUGUUUAUAACAACAAAUUUUUCCUCUUAACUUGGCUAGAUUUUUAGUGAUUAGACUGACUACUCCCCCUCACAACUCCCUCAUAUGAGAAGCUAUAGACAGCAGGAAUAACCAGUUGCCAUGGAAAUAAAAGAAGCAAAGCUACUAUUUUUUUUUCUCCAAACAGGAGACACAGAAAGAGAAGGCAGGAUUCAUAGUAGAAAGAAACCCCUAGGAAAAAAAGAGCUACAAAGGCAUUCGUUUAGUUUGGUUUUUGUUUGCUUUUUACCAGAAUUAUGAUUUCAUCAGUGUAGCAAGCUCCUGAUGAGGGACUUCCUCUACCAAUCAGAUACAUGAGCAUCUUCUCUGAAACUUGUAGUCUUAGAAUUCUCUAGGACACUGACAAGUUAAGUGAUUUGCCCACAUCUUCUCAACUCCAAGGCCAGCUCUUUAUACACUAUGCCAGGCUGCCUUUCUUAGGGCACAUUUCUUAAAGGAGCCCCUUUCCCUCUCUCCAGUUCCAAUCUCAUACCUGUAUCUGCUAAAUUCAUUACACACAAAUGCCCUAACUGCAACCCUCCCUACCCCACCACACCAGAAAAACAAAGCCAAACAAAAAACCAAACAAACAAAGGCAACCACAACCCUAUCUCACAUUUUUGGGAUGACAAUGACUGAAAGGCAGUGGAAAAUGGACCAGAAGCACAUUUUAUAAUAAAUAAGGGAAGAGAGGAGAGAGAAAAAAGGAAUGUAUGGAAGAGAAGACAAAAAGAGUUGGAGGAAAUGGAGAGAGAAAAGGAGGAUGCUAAGCCACUCACUCUAGAGCAGUCAGGGGGCUCAGAAGUGAGAGAGGGAAUACAAGUGAGGGAGAGUAUUCCUAUCCAUCCCCAAACAAAAAGCAUCAUAUUAUCUCUCUAGAAUCUCUCUUAGAAGGGUCUCAAAGCUCACCAUCUCCAGAACUUUCUGUUCUACCAUGAUUAGUGGUUUAGUUCCUGGCUUUGCCAUUUAGAAUUGAGUAGCCUAUUCCUGGAUGCCAAGAAAUUCCUGGAAUUUCCAAGUUCUUGGAAAUAAAUAAGUGCUAUGCAUUGAGUAAAAUUUAGGGGAAAAUAUAGGAGAGAAAAUCUGACAUGAUUUGAUUUUGGAACUAAAGUUUCACGACAAGUGAGGAAUUUUCUGCUCCAUAAGUUGCCAUUGACAUUUGACUAAAACACCCUUGAAAAGAAAUGUCUGGCACUUUGCUCUGUAUUAAAAAAAAAAUCAAUACACCUCAAAUAUAUCAUGCAUACAUGCACAUUCCUAUUCUAAUCUAGCCUUUUCAGGUAGGGCAAGGCAAUGAGAAGUCUCAUAGAAGCAUAGAGAUAGAAGGGACAUCAGAGAUUAUCUGGUCCUACCCCUUCAUUUUACAGAAGAAGAAACCUAGUCCAAUAGACUUACUCAAUGUCACACAAUUAUGUGGUGUCAGAGGCAGGUAUGAAACCAGGUCCUUUGAUUCCAACUAAUAUUGCACACAAGGGAGAGUGGUGAUGUAAAAUGAGGAAGACCUGAGUUCAAAUGCAUGACCCUGGAUAAGUCAUUUCUUGCGGCCUCAAUUUUUCAUCUGUAAAAUGAGAGGGUUGGACCAGAUGGACACUAAAGUCCCUUCCAAGGUUAAAUCUAUGACUUUUUCACUAUAUUUCAGACAAAUAAUAGUAACAUCAACUAAGAGAAGUUCAGUAUAGUAGAAAGAGAACUAGACUUGGAAAUUGAGAGUCUCGAGCACUGACUACAAGUGCUUUGGUUAAACUCUUUGAGCCUCAGUUCUCCUCCCUUAUAAAAUAGGAAUGAAAAUAUUUCCACCACAUUUCCACUGUUACAUAUACUUGAGAGGAAAUCAUUAUGUACAUGUAAAAUUGACAUUCAUAAUGAGUAGAGUGGUAGAAAGAACUUUGUAAAUAUGGAAGAACCCAUGUAUACUGAUCCAAUAAAUGGUCUAGCUACCUUUGACUUUCUCUGCCCCUACUUUCCCCCCUUUCCCACCACUUGACCAAUUAUCACUGAUAUUAGAAAGUAGAUUCAUUUUUUGGGAAGGCAUGUGCGGGUUGGGGUGGACAUGAUGACCCCAAGCGUUUAUUCUAUGAUUCUGUGAUUCUAAGUAUUUUAUUCUUCAUGUCUACCGUUUCCAGUAGAGAACUAACCCCAACAGAUAGAAGCAGAUCCUUUCAGCUAUGACUAUAUGAUCCUAUGAGCAUGAACUAUUGCUUUGACUUCUGUUUGGGGAAUCAUCAAAGUUGUGAAUCUUCUGAAACCAGGAUAAGUCAUACCUAGAGAGUUGGAAUAAAUCUCAGAGGCCAACUAGGCCAACACCCUCAUUUACAAUUGAGCAAACUGAGGCCAAACAGGGUUACAUCAAUCAAUCAAUAAACAUUUAUGAAGCAGAUACUAUGUUCUAAGCACUGUUCUAAGUACUAAGGAUAUAAAAAGAGGCAAGAAACAGUCCCUGCCCUCAAGGAGCUUACAAUCUAAUGGUGAUUUGACCAAAAUCACACAGGUAGGAAAGUUGAGAAUCAGGAUUUUGAACCCAGGUCCUUUGACUAAAGCCAUUGCAGCUUUUUCUGUACUACACCGCCUCACUCCAUUCUUCUUCUAAGUCUUAGGAUAAGAAGUGAAGGUAAGGGGGCAGCUAGGUGGCACAGUGGAUAAAGCACCAGGCCUAGAUUCAGGAGGACCUGAGUUCAAAUCCAGCCUCAGACACUUGACACUUACUAGCUGUGUGACCCUGGGGAAGUCACUUAACCCGCAUUGCCCCUCGCCAAAAAAAAAAAAAAAGAAGAAGAAGAAGUGAAGGUAAGACAUGAUGACCACUGCUAGAAGUGCCUGGGCUCAAAUCCUACCUCAGCUUCAAACCUUAAAUUGACCUUGGGCAAUUCCUUUAACCUCCUGAGACCUGGUUUCCUCACGUGAAAAACAAAGGAGUUGAAUCUCAUGUCCUUUAAGAUCCCUUCCAGUUCUAAACCUAUUAUCUAUAAUCCUUUAUUCAGGAUAAUAUUAGUACAAGUGAACAAGGUCAAAGCAAAUUUAGGGAGGCUAGGCAGAAAUGCAGGCCUCACUGGUGUGUCAAACUAUAACAAAAUCCUUUUAUGAUGCUGGUAUAGAGGAACAGGACCCAUUUUCUAAGUUAAACCAAGUUAGAUUAUAUGAAGUAUAUGUUGGGUAGGGGAAGGAAUGUGAUUUGUAUACCAAAAUCCUUAAUACUAGUUAACUAUGUCAUAAUAGAGUUCUGACCAGACAUUUGGGAAGGGGAACACUGGAAUAGGAGCCAGAUGACUGGGUCUUGGUCCUGUCUCUAUCCUGGAGCAAGUCACUUCUAGAAAAGCUGCAAUGGUAGUAGAUAGAGCACUAAGCUUGGAGUUAGGAAGACCUAAAGUUCAAAGCCUGCUUCUGACAUUUGCUAGAUGUCUAACCCUGGGGUCAUUUAUUCCUGUUUGCCUCAGUUUGCUCAACUAUGAAAUGGGGAUAAUAAUAAUAAUACCAGCUAUUUCACAGGGUUUUUUUUAUGAGAAUUAAAGAAGAUGAUAUUUGUAAAGCUCUUAGGACGGUGUCUGGCAGACAGUAGGUACUAUAUAAAUGCUAGCUAUUACUGUUAUUAUUAUUAUGUCUCUGGAUUUGUUUUCCCAACUAUACAAUGAGGUGUUUAAGGUUCUGUAUAUUUCUUAACAUUUUCAGUCUAUGGGAAACAAGGUAGAUGUCUUUGCUAUUAUAAUGCCAUUAUCAACUGGGAAGAGCUAAAGAGUAGCUAUGAUUCCUUUGGAAGCCAAUGCAGGGGG